GGCUCGGGCGCGGAGGAUGAAGUGGAGCGUCCGCGGGGCCUGCGCCGCGCUCUCCUCCUGCCUCCUGCUCGCCUGCGCGCUCAGCGCCGCCGCCGUCGGCCUCAAGUGCUUCUCGCUGGGCUCGGAGCUGCGCGGGGAGCCGUUCCGGCUGGGGGCGGCCGCCGGCGCCUUCUACUCGGGGCUGCUGCUGGCCGCCGGCCUUUCGCUGCUCGGCGCCGCCCUGCUCUGCUGCGGGCCCCGGGACGCGCCGCUCGCGGGGUCGGGCCCGGGCCCGGGGCUCGGGGUCCCCGCGGCCGCGGCGGGGGCUCCCGAGGCUGCGCCGGGAGAGCCGGGGGCCGCGGCCGGGCCCUCGGGGCCGGGGAGCAGCCAGAACCUGCUGCUGCUCGGCGUCCUCGUCUUCAUGCUCGGGGUCCUCAGCGCCUUCGCGGGCGCCGUGAUCGACGGCGACACCGUGUCCCUCGUGGAGCGCAAGUACUCCCACUACUGCCUGCCCCCGCGCGCGCCGGCCCCCGGCCCCGCCGCCGCCGCCGCCGCCGCCGCCGCCCCCGGCCCGGCCCCCGGCGCGCCGCGCGCCCGCAGCACCCUGGACAGCGCCACGUCGGCCAAGUGCCGCCAGCUCAAGGACUACCAGCGCGGCCUGGUGCUCUCCACCGUCUUCAACUCGCUCGAGUGCCUGCUGGGCCUGCUCAGCCUCCUGCUCGUCAAGAACUACCGCGCGUCGCAGGCGCGGCGCGGCCGGCGCGGCCGGCGGAGGGCGGCCCGGGCCCUGGCGCGGCCCCGCGGCGGCCCCGGGCUCCGCGCGCAGCCGCCAGCCUCCCGGGCGCGGCGGGGCCGGCGGGGCCGGCGCGGUCGGCGGCUGCAGCCGCGGCCGAGCGACGCUUCCAUCCUGUCCCCGGAGGACUCGGACGUGGCCGCCCCGGGGGACUGCGCUGGCUUCGGGGCGCACCACGCAGUCUCCUACAUCAACGUGGGCGUCUUCCACGCGCUCGACGAGGCGGGUGUGGAGGUGUGCUGCGGAGGGCACCCGUCGGUGGAGCUGCCGGGGUACGCGCCCUCGGACCCCGACCUCAACGCCUCCUACCCCUACUGCUGCCGGCAGCCCUGCGAGGCCGCGCGCCCCUGGGAGCCGAGCCGGGCCUGCUGAGCCCCGGGGCCCUCCCCGGAAGGACGGACGGACGGACGGACGGCGCGCCAGCCGGCGCGGGCCUCCCCGGCCGACCACCGCCCGCCGCCCGCGAGCGAGGACCAGGCCUGCCGUGGACAUGCCGCGGAGAUGCACCUUCAGGGGUGGACUGGCCUCGCGUCGCUGAGGGCCCCUCGCCGAGAGACUGGGCCUCCAGUAUUACCAUUUCUGUGUCUGGGAGGUUUCUCUUCUUUUCUGUGUCUGUUCGUAUCCGGAUUCCGUUUUAAAGUUUACAAUAAAUGUUUCGGGGCUGCCUCGCCCCCAUCGCACUUCUCUUUGGCAAAGUCCGGUCCAGGGUGAGAGCUCAGAAAGAGAGGGUGAUUUCGCGGGAGGAAGAACCCUCGCCGAGAGGACAGAAGGAGCAGAAUGGCAGAAGUGAAAACGCACCCAACAAGCGACACUUUGUACACGGAUGUGCCUGCUUUUGUUGAUACUUUCUUACUGUAAAGCUCUCCAUAAACAGUGAAAAUGUUUGGUAAAUUUAUUGCAAUUUAAAAUUGGUUAGUUCCUUUAUUAAAUUAAUUGCUAUGUUAUUGGAGAUAUUCAUCAAAUUGGAGUUAGAGGGUGUCGACACACAACCCGCUUUGGGGCCAGUGGUUGGACCUGGUCAGACAAACGCUGAGUUGGAGUUUUCUGCUGGGCGGUUGCCUCCAUCCAACCUCUUCCUGCAGUUAACUUCCCUGUGUGUGUACCAGGUCCCAAACGUUUCUUUUUUUGGAAAUUGGCGGUGGGGUUUCUACUGCAAAGCUGAGCUUAUUUUUGGUUAGUAUAUAUGAACAAUCCAAUCCUAUUUUGGAAAAUCACAGUCAUAGUUUUUUUCUGGCAAAGAUUAUUUUCCUGUUGAUUAAUUCAGUGAUCUGGUAAUUUUUGCAUAUUAUAGCAUUUCAUUUAAAAUACACCCCUUAAAUAGCCUUAACUGAUGUGAAGGUCAUACUUUUAAAUCCUUAGGAUGCUUACCCGCACAAUAUGAAAUGUAUUCUCGGUGACGGCAAAAUACGUUUCCAUCCAGUCUGGUGGCUUGGCUGGGAGCCAAGCAGGCUCAGAGUCUCGGGCAAAAGGUAGCACAACCCCACGUGCUGGGAUUGUGGCGCCAGGGAGGUGUGCCGAUGAUUCUUAAGGUGCUUGGAGCAGAAUAGUGUAGCGGAAGAGCGGAAUGGCCCCACCCUGACCUGAAUAGCGUGUGCCUCGCGCCAAAGGAGGUAGGGACACACCCAGUGCUCUGCCAGGGGUGAGCACCACACUUUAGGUGAUAAUAAACAAAUAAUGUGUAAUGUCUUUGCAGCGUAAAGGGGUUCACUUCUGAUUGUGGGAAAGUAGCCGGGUUUAGGGAUGGAGGUGGUUUCCAGGUGCCAGCUCUGGGAUAAGACCUCUCCUCAGCUCCACGUUCCUUGCCCAAAGCCACAGUCUCCUGUACUUAGACAAUCAAGGCCCCCACCCCAGCUUGGACCUGGCGGGGCUGCCCAGCUGCAGUGGAGGCUGCUGGAGAGAGGAGGCCCGGCUUCCAUGCAGAGGAGCGGAGGGGACCCGUCCCCGGUCAGCACCUGAUCCUUGCUGUGUAACAUGGCGAUCUCCUUGUCAUGUUGAUGCUGCCUGAGGAAAGAGGAUGAUUCACAGCCAAGUUAGUAGGUUCUGAACCACAGGCCUCUUCAGAUACUGGUCCAUAUUCAGCCUCGGGAUUCAGCCAGGCUGAGGGCAUGGCUCAACUAGUCCCACCGCUGGUCCUCGCAGCCCGGCCCAUCACCUGCCCUGGUACCACCGGCCCGAUGGUCAUCAACCUAAGCAGGAAAUGUGAUAAGUGGCAGCAGAAGUGGCUUUUAAGAUACUUUUCCCCACCUACCUAAGUCAAAUCAAGAAGGAAUUGCCAGGUGUUUCCUGCUUCCUGAGCAGGGCUGCUCUCCACUCCCGGAGCAGAGACCUCAUAGGCAGCUGCAGGGCUGACCACCCAGAGCUCACCCAGCGGAGGUGGCUAGGCCACUGUGCGCUGGAUAGACGGGCACACGGUGGGUUCCUGCAGAAGGCCGCCAGGCAAGGGCCACCCCAGCAGAGCAAACACGUGGGCAGCAUGGACACAAGACGUCAGACCUCCCAGUACAUUUCUUGUUUUCUGAAGUGUUUCAUCUUACAUGGUUUGUACAGCUUAAAAUGUCAUAUGCCUUAUGAAUCUUUCAAAUUUGCAAUCCAAAUCAGUGACCUCUCUCAACUUUCAGACAUUUCUUGAGAUGGAACAGAAGGCAGAAGGGGGUGAGGUGGGUGGGGCCAGCACAGGAGCCCGACAGGAGCAUCAUGCCAUCUGGGUGGUCAUCUGGCCAGGGCAGCAGGGAGCAUCUGGGGUGUGCAGGCAGCUGCUUUUCCCCUGGCAAACUUCUACAUGCCCAACGGACUAGAUGAGAUUUUUAAAGAUGCAAGUGUGUCUAACUCCACGGAUAUUGUCAACUCCACUUUAUUGAGGCUGAUAUAAUGAUGUGGGAUACCAGGGUUUUAUUUUUUAGAGUUUAUGAGAGGAAAUAAAAUCAAGUCUCCCCAAACUCGCAUUGUUCCAAAGAUCAGUACUCAGGGAAAUGAGUGGAGAAUUAGGAAGCUACUGAACCUCCUUCCAGUUCGGAGUGACUUCCUCGGGACCACUCCUGCCCCUGCGGGGCUCCGCCUCGCGGCCCUCACUUCUUACGUCCAUUCUACUUCCCGUAAGUUUUAGUUGUUUAAAAUGGAUUCUUUGUGCUCUAGAAAAUAGUGCCAGUUCCUGGAACUUUCCUAAAAUGGGUCUUACUCUGCCUCUCAGAAUAAUAAGUAACGAACGCCUGGCCUGGUGGAGGCCAGAUCAAGAGUUUAUGAUUAUGACAAAGUACCGGAAUUAAACUAAACACAUUUUAGCAUUGUUACAUGA